GGCGGGCGUCGCGCGGCCGUCACAUCACGUCCCGCCUUCGCGCGAUACACUGUACACUCCCCACUGUGACUGUAGACUUGAAAACGUGAACAUGAAACGUCUGUUACUCCUCGCAGCCCUGUGCACCUUCGCCGUGGCCAUGGUCCCUAGGCAGAGGAGGGCGAUGGAAGACAACCAAAGCCCCGCAAGCAUCCAGAAGCCAAUCUGUGAGGCGAAGACUCCGUGCGGCUGGAUUUUCUACAAGGAUAAUAUUGAUUAUAUUCAUGAGAGAUGGGAAAGGACUAAUGAUUAUUGUAAAUGCGCCUCAAAUUUGACGUGUCAAGAAGACGAAAACGAUACCACGGGCAAAGCCAUCGUCAAGAGGUGCAAAGCGGGCAACACACAGAGCUAGCGAGCUACGCUUCAACAAACUUCAAGCUGUUUAUCGACGACAAAGCAUCGGUCCCUUUUUAAGAACCUAUCUGUGUCAUCCCAUUCAUCAUUGACUUCGGCGACCGGUAUAACUAACUAACUACAUAUGUGAAAGUUGCGCAAAGUUACCAAAAAGUUGGAAUAGUUUAAUAAUUUCACAGGAAACAAGAGGAAACUUUCAUUUUAGAAAAUGUAUCAACAUUUCCUUUACAAAAAUGUAAAAAAUUCAGUUUUUCGCAGUUUUUGAAACUUUCUGACGGCAAAUGAGUAGUUAUAACUAUGUGUAAAAUUGCCCUUCCGUUUCACAUUGUCCCAAACGAUAUUUCAAAGCAAACUUGUCGAAGCCAUAUCAACUAUCGGACAAUAAUAGUUACGUCUGAUCAAAGAGCGCCGGCCUAGCCCAGGUUACAAUCGCUAUCGCUUCGACAACGAAAAGCUUUGUCUCUCUAUCACUCUUCCAUAUUAGUGCGACAGUGACAGUUGCGUUUAGAUCGCUACGGAGCGUAAGCGAUUGGCAUCUUGGCUACGCGGCAUUCGAAAUCAGAGCGAUAAUGUUGAAAGAUUUUGAAAGCACUAAGAAUUUUAUCGUAAUGUGGUGUUGUCCAACGCAGAAUAGAUUUUUAUCAGACCUUAAAAAACAGCUGCUUAUGUCGGAGAUAAAUACUAAUUUAACUUAUCAGUACAGAUGCUAUCAAAGCAUCAUAUUGUAGUUAUAAGACAAAUUACGAGUAGGUCAGGAAAUGAUCCAAGCUUUCAUACUCGAGCUCAAAUGACUUACAUACUUUUAGGUUAGAGGCGAACUAAAACCAUAAGAAACAAGGAUUUUUAAUAGGUUACCGUAAAAUUAUAAAACUUCGCUCUUUAACAUAACUUUGCCUACCGUUUCACUUUCUUCAGAAAGUGAAUCUGUAACUACUUUAAAGUUAUUUCUCUUUUUCUGAACUGUGACGCGGUGGACAAAUUUAUGUUAAAGGGCAAAGUUUUAUACUUUAACGGUACUGUCUAUUCUCAGCAAAGGGCACUCAAUAUUGCCAGGCCAUAGUUAAUUUGCCAUUUAUUAAGAUUAGUUUACUUUUAGUGCAGUUUUGGAUAUUUUAGCAUUUGCCGCCCCUGUAUUCCGCCUUGUUAUUUUUUAAUUUUAUGUUGACAUGAUUAAAUCACUCGUGUGACCGCAACUGUCUGAUAUUAAUUUGACCAUUUACAUUAAAAAUAUAAAGUGAAAUGAAAAGUGAUAUUCGACAGGCGAAUGUAAACUUCUUGGCUUUAAAUUAGUAAAUUUUCUGUAACUAAAUUAAACAUUGAUUAAAAAACGCACAACAUAUACUUUUCUGAAACCGAACUUGGACACAUUUAAAAGGAUUAGUAAGUAACUAUUUAUUUUUAGCCACAAAAAUGGCAAAAGUGUAUUUAAAUUGUAACGUUAUUGUUUUGGCUAUUUGUGACACUGGACAGUAAUGUUGAGCUAUUCUGAAGAAUUCGCUUAAUAAGGGAUACACUACAGAUAGGUAAUUUAUUUCACGAAAACACAGUAACGUAACAGUAAUAGGUAUAUAUAACAGUAAUUCAAGUAAGAGUACAAUUUUGUUAUUGUACAUUUACAAUUUAAUUUCCAAUGGUGUAUAAAUUAAAUAAUAUAUUAAGUAAGAUUUUUCACCAAUCUGUACAAAUAAAAAUAUAAUAAUAGCCAAUGGUUAAACAAGUUGUGUUGCUGUCACUUCCAUACAUUCAUCAUUACUAUGUGAACGUACCUACUACCAAAGAUCCAUUGAUUGUGUAAGAUGUGUAAACUAAAAACAAAUUCCUAAACGCUGUCCUACCUUGCUGUCAAAAGUUGACCUACCUUGAAAUUGCCAAGUAAUGUAGAUGGCGCUGUACGGCUUCACACAAUAUCCUGUAACUUUAGUUGUCAAACGUUGACGUUUAACAAUUCAGUGACUAUAACACGCAAUACAGCGCCAUCUGGUUCGGCUUCAAACUAGGGGAUAAGUUUCUUUCUUAUAUUUUACCUCUGUUACAAUCAAUAUCUCUUUGCUACUACUCACUAAUAUUUAGUUUUAGUAUUUUCUUCAGUAAAUGUGUGAUGGAUACAAUGUUUGAUGGUAUGAGUAAUGAUGCGAUUAUUAAAGUACUUAAUACCUAGAUUUAAAUAAUAAAUAGAAUAUUAAGGUGAUAUUCGUCUUUCGAAUAUUCACAUUUGCAGUUCCUAUUUUUUUCUUUAAUCAUAUAUUUACGAGUAUGUGAGAGUGAGGCCUAGAUUUCAUUAGAAACAUGCUUUUUGUAAUAAUUGUAGUUUUCUUUAAUGACAUAUUGAGCUGUAUUAUUAAAUAUGUUUCAUUAAUAAGAUUUUCUUAAUAAUUUUUAUUUUUUUAUUUAUAAA